GAGCGAGGGCAGCGGAGCGGCUGUGGGAGGAGCAAGCCCUUCUGCCCGCCCGGGCCCCUCCCCGCGGCGCUCCCGGUUAAAGCGGUGUGUCGGGGCCGGGGGCGGGUGCCCGGCCAUGGCCCGUGACCGCGGUCCCCCGGUGCUGCGGUCCUCAGCGGCGCUGCCCGGGGCGCCCCCCGCUCAGCCGGGCGGGCUGGGGGCGGCGGGGCUGUGGCCGGCGCUGCUGGUGGGGCUGCUGGCGGCGCUGCUCGCCUGGCUCUGGUACGGCCGAGGCGACGGGGAGCCGGCGGGCGCAGGUAAAGGCGGGGAGGGACCGCGGGUGUGCGGCCGCUCGGCUCGGCUGCGGCGCUCCAGCCGCUCUCAUUCUGUGUGGUUCGCAGGGGCGCAGAGCGUCGAGCGGGCGCUGCCGAAGGACGAGGCUGCCGCCCGGAGCAGCCCUGGGAAGGCAGCAGAGGAGCUGGCGGCUGGACCGGGGAGAGAGCUUAACCACGUGCGGAGCGAUGGGGUCGCUGGGGAACCUCUGGAGAUGGAGCGGCUGCUCCCGACACCGGCCGUCGGCGCCUCCGAAGAGCAUCCGGCUGCUGCUCGGCGUGGCAGCCAGGCGGGAGAGGCGAGAGCCCAGGCGGGACAGGCGAGCGACGGACGGUGCGCGGGGAGCGCGGCGGGAGCUGCCGCCUGCAGCGACAAAGCGGAGGAGCAUCCCCCCCGCGCGGCUGAGAGCGGGGACGUGGACCACGAGGAGUGGGAAGUUCUUUCCGAGCACCUGGCCUGGGGGGAGGCUGGCAAGAAUGGCAGCGUGGAAGACUCGGACGGCAAGGAAUGGGAACAAGGAGACUGCCCCGAUGGGGACCCGAAGGCGAAGCGCGUUGCAGCGGUGCCCCCCAUGUUUCAAAAUAUCCACGUGACUUUCCGUGUGCACUAUCUCACGCACUGCGACGCGCAGGGGAUUGGCGUGACCGGCGACCACGACUGUCUCGGCCAGUGGCACAGCUACAUUCCCCUCAAAUAUGACAAGGAUGGCUUCUGGUCCGAGUCCGUUGCUCUGCCAGUAGACACCAAAGUGGAGUGGAAGUUUAUCUUGGUGGAGAACGGGAAGGUCACACGUUGGGAAGAAUGCGGGAAUAGGACCCUAGUGACUGAACACGAAGAUCAAAUUGUUCAUCGGUGGUGGGGGUACCAUUAAUGGAAUUUUGGAAGCUGCAAAAUCUGAUGGCAAACCUGCUUGGAUGAAUCACAGAGCCCCUAAACUUUACCCCUUUGUCAGUAGAGGCCUUCUCGAGUGCAGAGCUCUAUAUCCCCUAUCAUACCCGGUUAAACUGCGUGAGCAGCGGCUCUCUGCCAUCCCCUUUAGGAAAGCACUUGGCACCCUCAAAAAAACAACCAAGGUAGGCUGUGAAGGCAGGAGCAGCAUUCCAAGCCGCUGCCUAUCUGGGUAAACCCAGACCCUGGACUUAAGUUUGUGUUGCUUUGAGUGGGGCUGUGGGAUGCAUCUUUGUACCGACUGCUUAGGGCUUUUGAGGCAAUCUAGGAUGUGUGGUUACGUACACUGUAAUAAAAACUUCAGCGUUUUAUUAACUUAUGUAAAUGUAUUAAGUAAACAAUAAAGACUUCUGGGCUGACAGUUCCUUACAACUCAGCCGCUGAAC